GAAACUCCCUUUGAUCUGCUGACAGCUCUCUCUCCGAGCAGGAACCAGCCUCUGUUGUUUCCCAGCAGACUCCUGAGGAAUGAUACUCGGCUAGCUCUUCAGGCUGCAGCUUCUGGAUUAUCUGUUAGAAACUGUAUAUAUAUAUUUUGUUUGCCAAAUAAUGAAUUUACUACCGUCUAAUCCUCACGGGAAUGGGCUCCUUUAUGCUGGAUUUAACCAGGAUCAUGGAUGCUUUGCCUGCGGGAUGGAGAAUGGAUUCCGUGUGUACAACACAGAUCCCCUUAAGGAGAAGGAGAAACAAGAGUUCUUGGAGGGCGGGGUCGGCCACGUGGAGAUGCUGUUCAGAUGUAACUAUUUAGCACUAGUGGGAGGAGGAAAGAAGCCCAAGUAUCCAACAAACAAAGUAAUGAUCUGGGACGACCUGAAGAAGAAAACAGUCAUUGAGAUUGAGUUCUCAACAGAAGUCAAAGCAGUGAAGCUCCGACGUGACAGGAUUGUGGUGGUCCUGGACUCAAUGAUCAAAGUCUUCACCUUCACCCACAAUCCCCAUCAGCUCCAUGUGUUUGAGACCUGCUACAACCCCAAAGGUCUGUGUGUGCUGUGUCCCAACAGCAACAACUCUCUGUUGGCGUUCCCUGGUACUCACUCAGGCCACGUUCAGAUAGUCGACCUAGCUAACACGGAGAAGCCUCCGGUGGACAUCCCCGCCCACGAGGGGGCGCUGUGCUGCAUCGCUUUAAAUCUGCAGGGCACGAGAAUAGCUACUGCGUCAGAGAAAGGGACUCUUAUUAGAAUUUUUGACACGUCAGCGGGUCAGCUCAUACAGGAGCUAAGACGAGGCUCUCAGACUGCAAACAUUUACUGCAUUAAUUUCAACCAGGACGCGUCCCUCAUCUGUGUGUCCAGUGACCACGGCACCGUGCACAUCUUCGCUGCUGAGGACCCAAAAAGGAACAAACAGUCAAGUUUGGCAUCAGCCAGCUUUCUUCCCAAAUACUUCAGCUCCAAGUGGAGCUUCUCCAAGUUCCAGGUCCCCUCGGGAUCUCCCUGCGUGUGUGCCUUUGGGACAGAGCCCAAUGCGGUCAUAGCCAUUUGUGCUGACGGCAGCUACUACAAGUUCCUCUUCAACCAGAAGGGGGAGUGUGCCAGAGAUGUGUACGCCCAGUUCCUGGAGAUGACUGAUGAGAAAAUAUGACCUCUGACCCCUCUGCAGACUCACUAUCACACAGCCUGUUUUUUCUUCUCUUUUUUUUUCUGUUUUAUGAUUUGGGAGGAGACAGGAGAGAUCCCACGCUGCACUCCUCCUGAUUAUCCUGACAGACUCUGUGACAGAGCCGCAGAUGAUUGGAGGACACAGACAGAGAAGCACAGACUCAUGGAAACCUUCACAGCGCAGACGAACAAACAAACAGGGAUGCAGACUUUUGCCUCUCACAGACUCCUCAGAGUUUGUCUCUGGACGGAGACAACGUGGAUGCCGACUUGACUUCUAACCAAACACCAGAGAAAGAAGAGGGAUGUUAUUUUUCUGAACGGACACGCCGCUUUUUAAGACGUCUUCCGAGGACUUUACAGAGGAUGGAUAUUUUUAAUCACAUAGAUGAUUCUGAUAGUUAGAGUGAAAUCUGGAGAUUUUUGUCAACUAACACCACCUAACCUAACGAUAGGGAGUGCCUCGAGACUGAACAGAAUCUGUAUGUGUGCACAUAUUACUGUCAUAUAUACAUAUGUGUGUUUGUGUAUAUAGCAUUGUACCACAGCAGGUGUUUGCCGAGCAGGAUCAGGGCCAGGUGAGUGUUUUUUUAAGGAUUACAGUAACAUGUUAAACAGACUGAUCCUGCUUCAUGAAGCGUCACCUUUAGUAUUACUAGAUUUUCUUAUAUUUGCUGUAAAAACACGACACAACACAGACUGAACUUCUAACUACAUAAACUGUACAGACAGUAGCAGGAAACAAAUGUAAAUGUUUUUUCUUUCUUUCACAAGUCCUUUUUUCAUACGUGCAAUAUGUUCCCCCGACUUUAUUACUUUUUUAAGAAUGUGAAAGAUGAUAUUUCACAAAGAGAGCCCAGAAGCAUGUUCAUCAUUUACUGGGAAAGGUGAUGGUUUUCUUUUCUUGUUCAGAGUCAGAUGAGGAGAUGUUAACUCUUCACACUUUCUGCUGAAUCUGAAGCUACAACACGAGCAGCUCAGCAUAGCAUAGCAUCAAGAGCAGAAACAAUGCAGUUUGAAUGUUAAAAAAUCUGCACACUGUUCCUCCACAGCUCAAUAUUUAAUUUCUGAACACAACGUGUUAUUUUUGGGACAGGUUCGUCCCAGACUGUAAUCCCAGAGUUUAAACAUCUCCCUUUAAUCAAACAGACAAGCCUAUCUGUUUAUAUUUAUAGUAUUAAUGUUAAAAUAAGCUCAGCUAACAAGCUGUAGUCUCAUUUUCACCCUGCAAACACCAGUCUGACUCCAUCCUCUGGUCUAACUCACGACAAGAAGCGUGCGUCAGAUAAUGCUCAACUGUUUCUUUUUAUCGUUAAGCUCAAGCCAAGUGAGCUCAAAGAGUCGUUUUAUUUACCGUCACUUUGUAAUUGAGAGUCUGAGGAGGAAGCCAUGCUCCUCUUUGAAGAGUCUGCAUGCUGAAUAUGAAGCUACAACCAGAAGCCACUGUGAUUAGCAUAGCUUAGCAUAAAGACUGGAAACAGUCUGGAUCUUUAUGGAUAAAAAAAAUAACUGCUGAGUGGAGCCUCUCAAGCAUGAUGUCUUCAUGAAUCCGUUCAAAGACGAGCAAAAUCCAAGUGAUUCAGGGAGGAUGAGCUGGACUUUUGUUUUUGGAGUCGAGUUCAGUCAUCAGCGUGAACGUUUAUCAUUUUAUUUUAAAGGUUACUCUUAGGACAGAGCAUUAGGUCCACACUUGAGAAAAAAGACUGAGAUAAAAGUCGUAAUAUUGAGAAAUACAGUAUUUCUUUAGUAACUUUAUAAAAGAGUAAAGUCAACAUUAGACCUAUUACAGAAGAAAAAGUUUGGUUUUAAGAGAAAUAGUUGUAAUACUAUGAAGAUAAUAUCAGGAGGCUGCCUGUUGGACUGUCCUCCAUCAUAUUAAACCCAGUAUUUAUCAUAAUCUUCAGAGUUCAGGUUUCUGGAAACUAAAAUAUGACUCCAUAAAAUGCUCAUCAGUUCUGGUGUUCCUGCAGGCAGUCGGCUGCUCUUCUGAUCUCCCUCUUCAGAAGAACUCACCAUCACUAACCAGGCUAACCAAUCCUUCAAUUAUAAACAUGUAUCAUAAAAAUGCAGUUUUAUUCCCUCAUUACGACUUCUUCUUGUCAUGUCUUGUGAAAAAACGACUUUAUGUGGAUGACACUGAUGUUUCUCUUUAAGAUGGCCCCAAUGCUUCACCAUGAACUCCUGUUCAGGUUUCAUAUACAGCUAAAUCAGCUCCUGGAGUGAGCUUCUUUUUCACCCUCCAAACACGGGAGAGGGGUGGAUCCUCUUUUGUGACUCGGGACAACUAAAGGAGAGCUUGUUUAUGCCUUGAUGUGAACCCUUUUCACUACAAGUGAACACGAGCUUUAGUGAGUUGUUAUUUUCUUGCAGAGUUACAUGAGAUGUCUGAUACCAGUCUUCAUGCUGUCUGUAUGCCAAAUAUGAAGCUAAAACCAGAGAUCGUUUAGCUAAGCUUAGCAUACAGAGCAGAAAAUGAUAGUCUGGGUUGCAGAAGUCUCAGAAAUCUGCUGAUCCACUUCAACAAAACUCAGCGAUAAACAUCUUUUCACAUCUGUACUAAAACCUUAGUGCAACAUUACAAGUUGGAGAUUUAUCAAACAUGAUAAAACACAUUAUUGAACAGUUACAGACUAACUCCUCCCCUUUACUUCCUAUCUUCAUGUGAGGUCAACAAGCUUCUAGCUGUAGCCUCAGUUUACUUUGUAGACAUCUCAGUGGUAUCAGUCCUCUCACAUUCCUCACGGCAAGACGAGGAAUGAUUGAUUUCUUCAAGUUUUCAACUCUUGCUGUAAGAGUUUUAAGAGUUGAGUCUCUGCCAAAUUCACACGUGGUUUCCAUCUUUAAUCACAAACGACAACAAAAGUUUAAUGAUUUAUUUUUCUUUUUAUUUGAAACUCUGCAGCAAAAAUCAGCUGUGAAAACAUCAGAUGGUUCAACCUGCACUUGCAGUGAAGCGUUGAUUCAUGAUGAGUUUAACAGAAUUUAAUCAGAGCUCUUCUGAAAGAUGAUUAAUUGCUUUCGUUGUGAUUCUUCAUUCAAAGAUGUAUCACUUUUGUUUAAAUGAAAUGACCCGGACAGCGUCUAUCAGCACAGUUAAUGCACUCUAAAGUUCUGUUCUGUGUCGAUGCACCCACACAGAGCGUUAUUGUAGAAGAUGAACUGAAGAACAGCGUUAUAGUACUUUGGUUUUGUUGUAUCUGUUGCUUUGCUGCGUUUCAUUCGUGUUGCUUUCUUUCUGCAUCAGAUUGUACGGCUGCAGGUGUCACUGCACUCGGUGCUCACUGCACAAACUGAAAAGCCAACCUGUUUCUGACACUUGGAAUGAUUGUAAAACCUUCAUUUAAAGUUGUGAAUAAAAUUUAACAUCUGCUUUUACA